GUGCCGACGUCAUCUUUCUGCGACUCAACAAGUCGCCAUGGCAUCUGCGAACAAGCGUGGUCUGGAACAUUUGGAUGAAUAUGAGCCAAAAGCAGCAAAAUCAGGCAGACUCAGCCUCCAUGAUCGAAUGGCAGAAAGGAGGCUCAUUGUUAUUCUGGAGGGAGCAUCGCUAGAAACUGUGAAGGUUGGGAAAACGUUUGAGUUGUUAAACUGCGACCAGCACAAAAACAUUAUCAUCAAAAGUGGCAGAGACCCUGGACACAUUAGACCAGAUAUCACACACCAGUGUCUGCUCAUGCUGAUGGACAGUCCGCUGAACAGGGCAGGCCUGUUGCAGGUUUACAUCCACACAGAGAAAAACGCCUUGAUAGAGAUCAACCCGCAGACCCGCAUCCCAAGAACUUUCAACCGCUUCUGUGGCUUAAUUGUUCAGCUGCUGCACAAGCUGAGCGUCAGAGCCGCUGAUGGUCCUCAGAAGCUGUUGAAGAUGAUUAAAAAUCCGGUGUCUGACCACCUGCCCCCCGGCUGCCCGCGCAUCGCCACCUCCUUCUCUGCCGGCGAGGCCGUCAACGCUCGCACCGUGGUGCCAGAGGGCCCCGCGGCGGUGGUGAUCGGGGCGUUUGCACACGGCUCGGUGAAAGUGGACUACACCGAGCAGACGGUCUCCAUAAGUAACUACCCCCUGUCGGCAGCUCUGACCUGUGCCAAAAUGUGCUCCGCCUUUGAGGAGGUGUGGGGUGUUCUGUGACAAACAGAUUGUAAAAAAAAAAACAAAAAAAAAAAAAAAAAACUGGUGAUUCCUCCAGAACAGACACAACUGUCUGUUGUGGGCCUUAUUGGACUAGGAUUACGGGAAGAACAUCUGAGCGUUGCCACAUGAACAACUACAGGAAGCCAGUGGCGCCUAUUCCCACCAUAGAUAUCUACUUUUUCUGUGUGGUUUUCUCAUAAUAAUGAGAAAAUUGUUUUGUCAUCAUGAGAACACAAGAGUCAUUAUCUCAUCGUGGUGAGAUUUACAGUAUCUCUGCACAACAAAACCUGUUUUUUUUUUUAUUACAAUGAGAAAGUGGGGAGAAAAUGUUUUUUUUCUCGUCUGUUCAGUCCUUCAGUCGCUCCGUGUUUCUGAAGAGUGAACUUUUAGCAGCAUUCUGGAGCCACACAUUUCAGUACCACCUGGAAACUACAUAAUCGAUAAUAAAUUGGCUGUAAAAUA